GCCCGUAAAUUCUUUGUGAGGUUCAGAAGUUCAGAACGGGAAUUUGUGCGCGAAACAUUAAAUAAUUUCAUAACUUUUGAUAAUUUAAUUUAUAAAUAGAACUUAAGUAAUUUUGUAGUGCUUCUUAUUCUUAAAAUAUACAUCUUAAACGGACAAAAUGGUUGAUAAAAUUGAUAUGAGUUUGGACGAAAUAAUAAAAAGUCAAAAGCCAAAAGCUGGUGGCGUACGUGGUGCCAGUGGAGCACGUCGUGGCGGUGGAAGACCAAAUCGCGGCGGCGGCGGUAAUACUGACGGACGUCGUAGGCCCGCAGGUGGAGCUACGUUAAAAGGACGUGGUCGAGGAGGUGGAAUACAAAAGGCGAAAUUCGCAAGGGGCGAUGUAAACAGCGCUUGGAAACAUGACAUGUACGACGGGCCUAAACGUGGUAUUUUAAAAGGAUCAACUGAAGUAGCGAAACUACUCGUCUCCAACUUGGAUUAUGGUGUAUCGGACUCGGAUAUUCAGGAGUUAUUUGCUGAAUUCGGCCCGCUGAAGAAGGCAGCCGUACAUUAUGAUCGCUCUGGACGGUCUUUAGGUACCGCUGAUGUUGUAUUUGAACGCCGCUCAGACGCAUUAAAGGCAAUUAAACAAUAUAAUGGUGUACCUUUGGAUGGCCGACCAAUGAAUAUUCAAUUGACCACAUCGGACGUUUCUGCCCUGACAAGAGUUGGUCGUGUCGGAGGUGCUGCUGGUACGGGCGGUAGUCCGGUUAAGCGUAGAACUGGAGCAGCCCCACCUGCCAGACGUGGAGGUAAUAACGCAGCACGACGCGGUCCCCCAAAUCGCAAAGGCGCAGUUGGUGGAAAACGUGGAGGGCGCACCAAGGGGCCCGAAAAGACAGCAGCUGAAUUAGAUGCCGAGUUGGAUGCAUAUGUUAAUGAUAUGAAAAUUUAGAAAUAGUAUAAGAGAUUAUUAGCUAAGACUCGACUUGAACUUACAUAUUGACUUUGACUUUAAAAUAUUUGAAAUAAAUGUUACAUGAAUAUAAAGAAAAAUAUCUUUAAACCCAAGAAGUACAAGAACUCGGAGCAGUACAUAUUUUCAACAUUUUGUACGAUGUCACUGCAUAUUGUAUAACCUACAUGUUUUUGUUUAUGUAUCAUAAAUGUAUUAGCUGACUUAAUUAUUAUGCAUUCUUUUUUACACAUAAAUUUGAAAUCCAUAACUAUUUCAAAGGAAACAUUAACAAAUGGCCGUUAAAUUUUUAUGUAUAAUUCGCAUUUUCCCAUAAGUCAAUACCUUCACAAAACUGUAAAUAAAAGAAUGCACUUUCAAAGUAAAAAUGUC